CCUCAAAGGCUAUAUAAAGAGGUUCUUUGCUCUGUUGUUCUCAGAACCAACUCAGUCUUCCUCUUCUUCUUGAACUCUUUAACAUAAAACAGAGAGAGAGAGAGAUCUCAAAUCAAAGUUUCAAACUUUUCGACCUAAUCGUCUUCUCCACUUUAAACCCAUAGGCCAUAUCUGAAUCUGAGUCUCUGUUUUCAACCAUGAAGAGGCUUCGAGGUUUCAAGAUCGGUCACAGACUCGUCAAGAUCUUCAAAUGGAUAAUCCGAACUAGAAGAAUCCAAACCGGGAAACGCCAAUGCCUAACCGGACUUCUCAACCCGGUUCCAAAAAUCUACUCUUUAGCACGGUGUCUCCGUCGUGGAGCUAAUACACUGUGCGGAGGAAAGAAAACGGGUCAGACCCGGUUGGGUAACGAACCGAAACCUCAGGCUGUUCCUAAGGGACAUUUAGUGGUUCACGUCGGAGAAUGCGGCGACGAUACGCGGCGCGUGGUGGUUCCGGUGGUUUACUUUAACCAUCCUCUGUUCGGAGAGUUGCUGGAGGAGAAGGAACGGGUUUACGGGUUUGAUCAGCCGGGUCGGAUUACUAUACCUUGUCGGGUAUCGGAUUUUGAGAAGGUUCAGAUGAGGAUCGCCGCGUGGGAUCAUUGCCGGCGGAAACGAGCUUUCAAGAUUUUCUAAUUUUAACGUUUUAAAAUAUAAAUUAAAUAAAUUUUGACAGAGUCAGAUGUCAAUUAGAGAGGUGGGGAACUUUCCUCCACUUUGUGUGAAUAUCAAUCAUCGGUUGUUAAUAGGUUA